AUGGUGUACAUAGCUGCUGUUUAUGGAAAAUGGGAUAGGAGAGACAAAGGGACCUGGUUCUUUGAGGUGGAUGACGACAAGGGAGGAAGACUUUUCUCACUGAGAGAUGGUUGUACAUAUGUCGAGCUCGUUGACAUGGCGAAAGAUGAUUAUGGGGUUGAUAAGAAUGCUGAGCUUUUACAGAUAGGAUACCCACUUCCAGACAUUAUGCUCCAGCAGCUGCCCAUUGAUUCUCCUCCUACGUUUGUAACGACUGAUAGGCAAGUUCAAAGUCUGAUUGAGCUUAGUAGAACGUACGUACUACGCCUCUGUGUUUCGAGCCAGCAAAGGAAUCAUAUGAAAGACGAUGUACCUGUUGCUGAUAAUGUAGAACAUGAUAGUGAGUGGGGUUUGUCUUCCGAUGAUGAGGACUGGGAUGUACAUUCACACGAAGAUAAUGAGGCGGAAGAGGAAUGGGAAGAUGAUCCAAUUCCACCAAAUCCACCAACAGAUUGGAGUAAGGGGGAUAUUGAUGAAACAGAAGCUGAUUACAGUGUGUAUGGGAGAGUCGUAGACGAAGAUGUGCGUGAGAAAAAGGUUCCUCUCGACGAUAUCCGGCUUAAAGGGCGUUGCUAUAAUGAAGGAGGUCGUUUUGAUAAGCAUAAGGACGCCGUCAUUAUCGUUGGACAGCGUUUUGGAGACAAAGAAGAACUUCUUUGCAUGUUGCGAUUGAUGGCUCUGGUUCACAGAUUCUCUUUCCAUGUCUUCAAGUCUACUCCAGAACUAUUUGUUGCCAUUUGCAACGUCCAAGGUUGUGCCUGGCGAGUCAGGGCGGCUGUGAAGAACGAACCAACCGCGUUUUGGGUCACAAAGUACGUAGACACUCAUACUUGUUCCGUUGUAGACCGUAUAGCUCACCGUAGGAGCUGUACAGCAAAAUAUAUCGGAGCUUUAUUCAUGGAGAGGGUUGGCAUUAUUGAGGGAAUAGUGCCUCAACACAUUGCUAUAUCUAUGAAAGUGAUGUUUGGUUUGAAACAUCACUUACGGUAG